UCUAGUUUCUUUUAUUUGUGUUGUUAUAUCAAUAUAUCUUUACCGAUUUUGGGUCUUUCAUAUAUUUGCGUGAAUUUUUAUUUCUGUUUCGCAUUAUGUGAAAUUAAUGAGGGAAGGGAAGAUUUUGAUACUUGUGGAUGGAAACCCACCAACCGUGGAACACAUUUCUCUGCUUAUUUUGAUUUUUUUUUUGUUUUUUUAAUGCGUAUCAAUUCAUUGCUGCAACAUUAUUGUUCUCUAGCUUGUUCAAGAUCAUGGGAUAAAAGAAGGGUUUUGGGGAGUAGGAGAGGAAUGGUUGUAAGGGCAUCAUCAUCAUCUUCGUCUCCUGAUUCGACUGACCUAUCUGCUCCAAUUGCACCCCUAAGGAUGGAGUCUCCAAUUGGGCAGUUUUUGUCUCAAAUCUUGAUAAGCCAUCCACAUCUUAUGCCUGCAGCGGUCGAGCAGCAGCUCGAACAGCUUCAAACCGAGUGGGAUGCUGAGCGAAAGAAGGAAGUACCAUCUGCUUCAGGGACGGACUUAGUGUUGCAUAGGCUGGUGAUUCAUCUUACUAUGUAUUCAUAACCGGACAUA